AUGAAACUACGCUUCGGAGAAAGCACCGACGGACAAACCAUCAUCCCGGCGUACGUCAAUCUGUUCCGCUCGACCGGAUGUUGGCUGAUGGAUGACAACAUCGAAAGUCUCAACUGCGUGGACUUUUUGCGGGACGAUUUCCAUUACAGUUACGCGCUGUACGUCUUCUCAUUGGAUCCCGUGUUUGGUCAAACAACGACGGAACAUACCUGCAUCUUCAAAAACAGGGAACUCUUAGACUCGAAGCGCAGUUUGCAACGUAAAUGGACAUAUAUCGACGUGGACUAUGACUACUUGGAGGCAUACAACAAAGGUCUUGGUCCCAUCGACAAGUCGUACAUCAGAGGAGAAGCGAAGGCUUGUGAAAGUCUGGAGGUUUAUCUCAAUGAGGACUCUGACAAGAACAACUUUGUUUUCUACCAGAUUUACUAUGGCUAUUCCUACACUGCCAUGUUGGAUGGAAGUUCCUACGUCACGUGGGAGUUUGGAACUGUUUUGGAUUGCAGUACUUGGAAACCCUUUUGGUUUUCUUGGGAAGGGAAUGUCCAUAGUAUGGGGUUUGGUCUGGAGCCAGGGGUUGACACCUAUCUGACGUAUGACCUUGGAAGAACAUUCCCCAUCAAAAUUGUGCAGCUGGCGACGUCACAAAGUUAUGUGACUGGGCAAUGGAGGUGGCUGACAGAUGAGCCUCCGUUGUUCAACCUACCAGCACCUGGGGGAUAUGAGAUCCUUGAGAUAUCUGAGGAUACCGCCCAGUACACACCCAUCUACACCACCGCAGCAACAGAUCCGGAAGGAGAUACAGUGAGCGUGACAUCUACUGGUGACAACAUAAACAUGUUUGAGAUCUAUUCUGGAAUUCUGUACACGAUGCAGGCCUUGGACUAUGAAACAGAAAACUUCUAUGUGGUCACAUUCCAGGCUGACGAUGGAAGAAACCAGGAGAAAACAUCUAUGAUAAUCAAGCUGACCAACGUCAUUGACGUCGCUCCAGUUAUUACCAUUCAUUCAGUCUCCAUCCCAGAAGAGUUACCCUUGGGGACAGACAUUGGUAAAGCCUUCACAUUCACAGAUGACGAGGAGGAUGACUCGUGGACCUUCUCCUUUACGGGAACAAACGCUGAAUAUCUCAGUGUGGACAGUCCGUCUACCGUCACGAUGAAAGAGGUGAUUGACAUCGACACGACGUCUGUGGACUUCAGCGGCCUCAGCAUAGUGGUGAUGGACUCUGCCUCCAACUAUGACACCAAAGUCUUAGACAUCACCAUCAUCGAUAUCAACGACAACGCUCCCACUUUCACGUCUGAUUACUAUACCGCUGCGGUUGAUGAAGGCACUGGUUCUGGCCAAACAGCCGUCACUGUGGGAGUGACCGAUGCCGACAUCUCCAAUGCUGGUCUGACAACAUCAAUCCUGUCCCAGAAUGGAGCGACCUCUGGUUUUGACUUCACCAUCAGUGGCAACGACAUCAACACUGCCAGCACCAUGGACUACGAAGCUCUAGAAGGUGUUAACUUCCAGUAUGUCCUGGUGGUGUCGGUAGUGGACAGUCCUCCAGUAGGUGACCCUCUCACAGGAACGGCCGUCGUCCGUAUCACGGUAAACCCAGCAAAUGACAACUCCCCGACCUGGGCUGGUACGGGAUCUUACUCCGCAACAGUCCAGGAGGACACCGCAGUGACCACGGUCAUCACAACACUACAGGCGUCCGACACCGACCUGGGGCUGGACGGAGAAAUCACUUACACCAUACUAAGCGUUACACCGAGUAAAUGGACAUACAUUGACGUGAACUAUGACUACUUGGAGGCAUACAACAAAGGUCUUGGUCCCAUCGACAAGUCGUACAUCAGAGGAGAAGCGAAGGCUUGUGAAAGUCUGGAGGUUUAUCUCAAUGAGGACUCUGACAAGAACAACUUUGUCCUCUACCAGAUUUACUAUGGCUAUUCCUACACUGCCAUGUUGGAUGGAAGUUCCUACGUCACGUGGGAGUUUGGAACUGUUUUGGAUUGCAGUACUUGGAAACCCUUUUGGUUUUCUUGGGAAGGGAAUGUCCAUAGCAUGGGGUUUGGUCUGGAGCCAGGGGUUGACACCUAUCUGACGUAUGACCUUGGAAGAACAUUCCCCAUCAAUAUUGUGCAGCUGGCGACGUCACAAAGCCAUGUGACUGGGGAAUGGCGGUGGUUGACAGAUGAGCCUCCGUUGUUCAACCUACCAGCACCUGGGGGAUAUGACAUCCUUGAGAUAUCUGAGGAUACCGCCCAGUACACACCCAUCUACACCCCCGCAGCAACAGAUCCGGAAGGAGAUACAGUGACCGUGACAUCUACUGGUGACAACAUAAACAUGUUUGAGAUCUAUUCUGGAAUUCUGUACACGAUGCAGGCCUUGGACUAUGAAACAGAAAACUUCUAUGUGGUCACAUUCCAAGCUGACGAUGGAAGAAACCAAGAGAACACGUCUUUGAUCAUCAAGUUGACCAACGUCAUUGACGUCGCUCCUGUUGUUACAAUUCAUUCAAUCUCCAUCCCAGAAGAGUUACCCUUGGGGACAGACAUUGGUAAAGCCUUCACAUUCACAGAUGACGAGGAUGAUGAUUCAUGGACCUUCUCCUUUACGGGAACAAAUGCGGAAUACCUGAAUGUGGAUAGUGCGUCCACCGUCACGAUGAAAGAGGUGAUUGACAUCGACACGACGUCUGUGGACUUCAGCGGCCUCAACAUAGUUGUGAUGGACUCUGCCUCCAACUAUGACAGCAAGGUCUUAGACAUCACCAUCAUCGACAUCAACGACAACGCUCCCACUUUCACGUCUGAUUACUAUACCGCCGAGGUUUACGAUGGCACUGGUUCUGGUCACACGGCCGUCACUGUGGGAGUGACCGAUGCCGACAUCUCCAAUGCUGGUCUGACAACAUCAAUCCUGUCCCAGAAUGGGGCGACCUUUGGUUUUGACUUCACCAUCAGUGGCAACGACAUCAACACUGCCAGCACCCUGGACUACGAAGCUCUAGAAGGUGUUAACUUCCAGUAUGUCCUGGUGGUGUCGGUAGUGGACAGUCCUCCAGUAGGUGACCCUCUCACAGGAACGGCCGUCGUCCGCAUCACGGUUGAGCCAGAAAACGAGCAUGUCCCGUCCUGGUUGUCCACACCAACACCAGCGGCUGAAAUCUCCGAGAACAAUCAUUUUCUGACAGUUGUGACUCAGCUUGAGGCGAUAGAUUCGGAUCUCGGAUCGGAUGGCCAAAUAAUAUAUACGAUUACCUCCGUGUAUCCCUCUUCCGGAACGGGCCUGUUUACGGUCGACUCAACUGGUCAAGUGAAGGUAGGGGGAGCGCUUGACGCGGACGCCGGCACCGGCGGGGUGAGCAGCUACGCCAUUAGCAUCAGAGCCUGGGACAAGGGAACCAGUCCAAAGUACGUCGACGGCAGCGUCAGUGUAACGGUGACCGGGGCCAAUGACAACGCUCCCCAUUUCGACGCCAGCAUUAUCCAAGCAUCUCUGUCCGAGGGCGGUACGUUGAACUCCGUCGUCACGCAGAUCACCGCCAACGACCACGACGGCGACUCCGUCACACUUUCCAUACACAGUGGCGGGGACGGUCAUUUCACAAUGGACGGGGAUUCCUUGAAGUACACCUCAGCCGUCGACUAUGAGACCAAGGAUACGCACCUGCUUAUAAUAAAGGCCACGGAUGGAACUCACGACAGCUAUGUAUCGGUAGAGGUCAGUAUUGUGGAUGUCGUGGACGAGCCUCCGGUAAUCUCCGUUGUGUCCAGCAGCACCAUGGCAGAGGAACAGGCUGUCGGGUCAGCUGUGUAUGGAGGAUAUGUCGUUACCGACCCCGACCAGGGAGACACACAUUCAUAUGCUCUUAGUGGGACCCACGCGUCGUACAUCCGUAUAGACUCCAGUACUGGUGGGCUGACAGUUUCCCAGAACGUUGACCUGGAGAGUGGACUGACUCAGCUUGACCUGUCUGUGACAGUCACUGACACGUCAGGACUCACGGCAACACAAGCCUUCUCCAUCACAGUGGAGGACAUCAACGACCUUCCCCCGGUCUUCAGCCCUUCCGUGUAUACAGUGGAAAUCACAGAAAACACUGCAGGAGAUACAUCGCUGGCUGAUCUGACCUGCUCUGACGGAGAUACAGGAAACAACGCUCUGUUUGACGUCACGGUUGCCAGUGGCGAUGGUGGAGCAGGUAUCUUCAAGAUGUCCGGACUUCAGCUUCUCACGGACUCUACACCUACCGACUAUGAAGCUGUCGGAUCAUCAGGCUACAUGUACACCCUGGUCAUCACAGCAGUGGACACACCAGACCAGGGGGAGGCCAACACAGGGACAGCGAUAGUGAAGGUGACGGUAAAACCAGAAAACGAGUUCGACCCUGUGUGGAGGACUACAGUUAGUGAAGGUGCUGCACCAGGGACUGCCGUUACAUCCUUCACUGCAACUGAUGCUGAUCUCGGUGACGACGGUGUCAUCAGCUACAGCAUAGCGUCAGUCACUGCUGCAUCAGGAACUUCAGCACCAGACAAGUUCUCCAUAGCCUCCUCUACAGGAGAACUGAUGGUGGCAGGAGAGCUGGAUGUGGACACAGGGACUAACGGAGAAAGUAGCUACACUGUAGUGAUCAGGGCGUCAGACAAAGGAGCAACAGCCCGGACCCUGGAUGGCAGCAUCGUUGUUACAUUGACAAACGUCAACGAUAAUGCCCCGACCUUUGACCAAACCGACUACACAGCUAGUGUGAGUGAAGCUAGUGCAGUUGGUACAGCAGUGAUCGCCCUCAACACUGAAGACUUUGAUGGUGAUGCAGUGACUCUGUCUGUAGCCAGUGGACGGGAUGACCUGUUUGAGUGUGUUGGAAAUGAGGUCAAGGUCAAGGCCCCUUUAGACUAUGAAGCGGAUACGUACCAUACCAUUAUCAUAAGAGCCAGUGAUGGUGUCUUUGAGACUGAUGUUCCCGUCCAAGUCAAGGUCCAGGAUGUCAGUGAUGAAGAUCCUGUCAUCACCAUGGUAGCAACAGCCACCAUGGCAGAAGAACAGGCUCUAGGAACUGGAGUGUAUGGGGGGUACCUGGUCACCGACCCUGAUGCUGGAGAUACUCAGACAUAUGCCCUCUCUGGAGCUGACAGUGGUUACCUAAGUAUUGAUUCUGCCACUGGGGAGUUGUCAGUAGCCCAGAAUGUCAACCGAGAAGGGAGCAGUGGCAAGACCCAGCUGGACCUCACCUUGACCGUCACUGACCAGGGGGGUCAACAGGUUACUCAGGCCUUCUCCAUCACGGUACAGGACAUCAAUGACUUGCCACCGGUCUUUAAUCCUUCAGAGUUCACUGCGGAAAUUACAGAGAAUGCAGCAGCAGAUGUGUCGCUACUGGACCUAACCUGUUCUGACGGGGACACGGGUAACAAUGCUCUGUUUGACGUCACGGUCGCCAGUGGAGACGGUGGAGCGGGUAUCUUCAAAAUGAACGGACUUCAGCUUCUCACGGACUCCACCCCAUCUGACUAUGAAGCUCUUGGGUCAUCAGGCUACAUGUACACCUUGGUCAUCACAGCAGUGGACAAGCCUGACCAGGGGGCACCCAACACGGGGACAGCAAUUGUAAGGGUUACAGUGAAACCUGAGAACGAGUUCGACCCUGUAUGGACAGGACCUGCUUCAGAUGGAAGUGGAACCUUUGUAGGAGAUACAGUCAGUGAAGGAGAAGCUCCGGGAUACGUGAUCACAACAUUCCAGGCGACUGAUGCUGAUCUUGGAGUGGAUGGGGAGGUCACAUACACCAUUGUGUCCGUCACUUCAGCAUCAGGGACUUCAGCGUCAGACAAGUUCUCCAUAGCCUCCUCUACAGGAGAACUGAUGGUGGCAGGAGAGCUGGAUGUGGACACAGGGACUAACGGAGAAAGUAGCUACACUGUAGUGGUCAGGGCGUCAGACAAAGGAGCAACAGCCCGGACCCUGGAUGGCAGCAUCGUUGUUACAUUAACAAACGUCAACGACAACGCCCCGACCUUUGACCAAACCGACUACACAGCUAGUGUGAGUGAAGCUAGUGCAGUUGGUACAGCAGUGAUCGCCCUCAACACUGAAGACUUUGAUGGUGAUGCAGUGACUCUGUCUGUGGCCAGCGGACGGGAUGACCUGUUUGAGUGUGUUGGAAAUGAGGUCAGGAUUAAAAGUGGAUUGGAUUACGAGUCCAAUACGUUCCAUGUGCUUAUUAUAAGGGCCAGUGAUGGCGUCUUCGAGGCAGAUGUUCCCGUGCAAGUCAACGUCCAAGACGCCAGUGAUGAGGUUCCCAUCAUCACCAUGGUUGCAGCGGCCACCAUGUCAGAAGAACAGGCAAUAGGGACAGGAGUCUAUGGUGGAUAUGUCGUUACUGAUGGUGACGAUGGAGACGCCCUGACAUACUCUCUUAGUGGUGCAGAUAGCGCCUACUUAGUGAUAGACUCUACUUCUGGAGAGUUGUCUAUAGCUCAGAACGUUGACAGAGAGUCAGGGAUGUCCUCUCUGUCCCUUACACUGAUUGCCACUGACCUCGCUGGACUUCAAGCCACCCAGGACUUCACCAUUACAGUUGAGGACAUCAACGAUCUCCCGCCAACAUUCAACCCUUCUGAAUAUACAACAGAGAUCACGGAAAACAUGGCUGCAGAUACAUCCAUACUUGAUCUGACACUGUCUGACGGGGACGACGGUAACAACGCUGUGUUCACCCUGAGUGUUGUGAGCGGAGAUGGAGGAGCAGGUAUCUUCAAAAUGUCCGGCCAGCAGCUUCAGACAGCAGCUACGGCCGCUGACUACGAGGUUCUUGAAGCGGCAGGGUUUGUAUACACCCUGGUCAUCACCGCUGUUGAUACGCCCGACGUCGGAGAGUCUAAUACGGGGACUGCUGUUGUCAGGGUGACCGUGAAACCAGAGAACGAGUUCGAUCCAGUUUGGACAGCACCGGAAAGCGGAAGUGGAACCUUUACUGGGGUGACUGUAGAGGAGGAUAAAGAACCUGGUUUUGUGAUCACGACUUUUGGUGCAACUGAUGACGACAUCGGCCUCGACGGAAUAAUCGCGUACAGUAUUGUUUCGGUCACAGGAGCAUCUGGAGCUACACCGUCAGACAAGUUUGCUAUAGACACCACGACAGGGGAAUUAAGAAUAGCUACAAGACUUGACGGAGACACUGGGACCAAUGGAGAAUUAAGCUACACCGUUGUAGUAAGGGCAUCAGACAGUGGAACAUCGCCUCGCUCAGUUGACGGAACAAUUGAUAUAUCCGUGACGAACGUCAACGACAACGCCCCUGUGUUCGAUCAGACAGAUUACCAGGCGAAUGUCAACGAAGACAGUCCCGUUGACACAGUCGUGGUAUCCUUCACGCCCGUCGACCACGAUGGCGAUGCAGUGACUCUGUCCAUCUCCAGCGGCCGAGAUGACCUGUUCUGGUGUGAUGGAUACGAUGUUAAAGUGAAAGGGACGCUGGAUUACGAAAGUGAAACAACUUUUGUUCUUAUAAUGAGGGCAACUGAUGGAACGUUUGACACCGACGUUUCUCUUCAAGUCAACGUUGUCGACGUCGUCGAUGAGCGUCCAGCGAUAAACAUGAUAAGCAACACCUCGAUGGCGGAAGAACAAACUAUAGGAACAGGCGUGUAUGGAGGAUAUGUGGUCACUGACGCUGAUGCUGGAGACACUCACACAUACGCUCUCAGUGGUGCUGACAGUGCGUUUAUCAGUAUCGACACUUCGACUGGAGAUUUAACGGUAGGUCAGAACGUGGACAGGGAUGGUGGGAAAACCGAACUUCAGUUGACCUUGACUGUCACUGACCAGGCCGGACUCCAGGCCACGCAGGACUUCAAAAUCACAGUUGAGGACAUCAACGAUCUCCCGCCCACAUUCAGUCAGUCUGUCUUCGAGGUCGAAGUAACUGAAAAUACUGCAGUCGAUACAUCUCUCCUGGACCUCACCUGUACUGAUGGCGACAGUGGGAACAAUGCCGUCAUUACAAUUGCCUCCAUCGGGGGAGACGACCCGCCACGAAUGGACACACCAGACCAGGGAGCGGCCAUGACAGGGACGGCCAUUGUCAAGGUGAAGGUCAAGCCAGAGAAUGAGUUCGACCCUGCAUGGUCUUCGCCAGCUGUUGACGGGAGUGGUAACUUUGAUGGUGUUACUAUCGGCGAGGACACGACGUCAGGGACUGUCGUGGUGUCGCUGACGGCAACAGAUGACGACGACGGAGCUGACGGUGAUCUUAGUUACAGCAUUGUGACAGUAACUGCAGCUUCAGGGUCGUCAGCAGACAACAUGUUUUCUAUUGAUGAACAAACAGGGGACGUAACUGUGGCAGGAGAACUAGACGUGGACACAGCCACUAACGGCGAAGAUAGUUACACCCUUACCUUCCGAGCCACCGACAAAGGACAGACUCCACGGACUGUAGAUGCUGGGAUCGUAGUAACACUCACCAACGUCAACGACAACGCCCCCGUGUUCGAUCAGGCGGCGUACGAAGCAAUCGUCGACGAAGACAGCGCUGUGGAUACAGUUGUCAUCACCUUCAACGUCCAGGACCAUGACGGUGAUGUCGUGACGUUGUCUGUAGUCAGCGGACGUGAUGACCUGUUCUCGUGUGACGGAUACGACGUCAAGGUCAAGGCUGCGCUGGAUUAUGAAACGGACAAGUUUUAUGUUCUCGUAGUGAGGGCAUCGGAUGGCAAAUUCGACACCGAUGUAUCCCUACAGGUGAACAUAAGUGAUGUAGUAGACGAGAACCCCGUCAUCACCGUGGCAACCACGACUUCCAUGGCGGAGGAACAGGCAGUUGGGACUCCUGUAAAGGGAGGAUACGUCGUUACAGAUGCUGAUGAACACGAUGUCCUUACUUACGCUCUAACUGGUAACGAUCUUAAUAUCUGUAGCUACGACCCGGCGAGUGGGGAUAGUGGCUUCCUAAGCAUCAACUCCAGCACCGGAGAUUUAACAGUGACCCAGAAUGUCAACAGAGAGGGAACUUCCGGUAAACAGCAGUUGUCUUUGACCUUGACCGUCACAGAUCAGGCAGGGCUACAGGCCACCAAGGAUUUCACCAUCUCAGUAGAGGACAUCAACGAUCUUCCUCCAACAUUUAGUCCAUCUAUGUAUGAGAUUGAAGUGACAGAAAACACUGCGGCAGACACAUCUGUGUUGGAUCUCAUAUGCACCGACGAUGACGACGGCAACAACGGACUGUUUGACGUCACUGUCGCUGAUGGAGAUGACACCCUUACAAAAUUCAAGGUGUCUGGUCAACAGCUUCAGACAGACGUUAACCUCCUUGACUACGAUAGUCUAGAAGCAUCAGGCUACAUGUACACCCUGGUCAUCACAGCAGUGGACACACCAGACCAGGGGGAGGCCAACACGGGGACAGCGAUAGUGAAGGUGACGGUCAAACCAGAGAACGAGUUCGACCCUGUGUGGACGUCUCCUGCAAUAGACGGCAGUGGUAACUUCGACUCCAUUACCAUCAACGAAGAUACAGAAAUUGGAACAGCCGUGGCCACCCUGGUGGCAACAGAUGACGACAGCGGUGAUGAUGGGGACGUCACUUACAGCAUUACGGAUGUUACUUCCCAAUCCGGGGCAACGGCGAACGACCUGUUUUCUAUAAACGCUCAGACGGGAGCCUUAAUGGUGGCCGGAGCUCUGGAUGUUGACUCAGGCACCAACGGUGAAGGUAGCUAUACAGUUGUCGUCGCCGCCUCCGACAACGGACAAACACCCCGAUCUGUGGCCGGCACUAUCGUCAUUUCUCUGUCAAAUGUCAACGACAACGCUCCUAUAUUCGACCAGUCCACUUACCAGGCAGAUAUCAGUGAAGACAGUGCUGUGAACACGGUUGUCAAAACACUCAACACUAUCGACCAUGACGGUGACGCUGUAACGUUGUCAGUUGUCAGUGGAAGGAGUGAUCUGUUCACGUGUGACGGAAAUGACGUCAAGGUCAAGGCUGGUCUGGAUUUUGAAGAAGAGAGUGUCUUUGUUGUCAUUAUUAAUGCAACGGAUGGGAAGUUCCAAACAGAGGUUACAUUGCAAAUAGAUCUAACUGACGUUAUUGACGAGGCACCUGUCAUCACCAUGGCAACAACAAGUUCGGUGUCAGAGGAACAAACAAUCGGAACUGGAGUUGAUGGAGGGUACAUCGUCACGGAUGCUGAUAAACAAGACGCCCUCUCCUACACGCUCACUGGAGCUGACAGCGCCUACCUCAGCAUUGAUUCAGCCACAGGUGACCUGACAGUUGCCCAGAACAUCAACAGAGAAGGGGUCAAUGCCAAGUCAGCCCUGUCCCUCAGACUGACCGUCACUGACCAGGCCGGACUCCAGGCCACCCAGGACUUCACCAUCACAGUGAAGGACAUCAACGACCACCCGCCGAUAUUCAAUCCAUCUGUGUACGAGAUCCAGGUCACUGAAAACACUGCUCCAGACACCUCCUUAUUGGACUUCACUUCUACCGACCAAGACGACGGCAACAACGCACUGUUUGACGUCACUGUCGCUGAUGGAGAUGACACCCUUACAAAAUUCAAGGUGUCUGGUCAACAGCUCCAGACAGACGUUAACUUCGUCGACUACGAUAGGCUAGAAGCAUCAGGCUACAUGUACACCCUGGUCAUCACAGCAGUGGACACACCAGACCAGGGGGAGGCCAACACGGGGACAGCGAUAGUGAAGGUGACGGUCAAACCAGAGAACGAGUUCGACCCUGUGUGGACAGGACCUGCUUUAGAUGGAAGUGGAACAUUUACAGGACUUAGUGUUAGCGAGGCUGAGACACCAGGUCAUGUCCUAACAACAUUCGUGGCUACAGACGAUGACAGUGGAGACGAUGGAACGCUCACCUACAGCAUUGUCUCCAUUACAGCCGCUUCUGGAGCAACUACUUCCGGUCUGUUCGCGAUUGGCGAACGUUCAGGAGAGUUCACUGUCGCCAAGAUGCUGGACGCUGACUCGGAAACUGGGGGAGAAGGCAGCUACAGUGUUGUGGUGCGAGCUACUGAUGGUGGGACAUCUCCCCGCUCUGUGGAAGGAACCAUCACUGUGUCUCUGGAUGACGCCAAUGACAACGCCCCAUCCUUCGACCUUACCGAGUACAAGGCAGACGUUGAAGAAGACAAGGCGAUCGGAACUGUAGUUCUCACGAUGAACACUCUUGAUAUUGAUAACAACGAUGUUGUGUCGUUGUCAAUAGUUGCUGGAAACGGAGACUUGUUUGAAGUUGACGGAAACGAUGUGAAGGUGAAAUCUUCUCUGGACUUUGAGACGGAAGACUCGCAUGUAUUGAUCAUCAACGCCACGGAUGGUAAGCAUGACACCAGCGUAUCUGUACAAGUUACUGUGCUGGACGCCAUUGACGAACCCCCAGUCAUUACGCUGACGUCGACAGGCUCCAUGUCAGAAGAAGAAACCGUUGGAACUGGAGUCGUUGCAGGAUAUGUCGUCUCGGAUCCUGAUGCUGGAGACACACUGACGUAUUCCCUUACUGGUGCAGCCAGUCACUAUCUCAGCAUUGACUCGGCUACCGGCGGUCUAUCAGUGGCCGAGAAUGUCAACAGAGAUGGGACCAGUGGCCGCACCGAGCUGAAUGAUCUCUUACUGACCGUUACUGACCAGGCCGGGCUCACGGCCACCCAGGCUUUUACCAUCACAGUCAAGGACAUAAAUGAUGUCCCACCCGUGUUUGACCCCGAUGUCAUGACAACCGAGGUAACAGAAAAUACUGCCGUUGGUACUGCUCUUCUUGACUUCAAUUGUAAAGACGAUGACAUUGGCAACAAUGCCAUCUUCACCCUUGCUCUUAGUAGCGGUGACGACACCGACGCCAAAUUUACAGUAUCGGGUACUCAGCUUCUCACUGACUCAAACACGCUGGACUAUGAAUCUACCACUUUAGAAGCAUCAGGCUACAUGUACACCCUGGUCAUCACAGCAGUGGACACACCAGACCAGGGGGAGGCCAACACGGGGACAGCGAUAGUGAAGGUGACGGUCAAACCAGAGAACGAGUUCGACCCUGUGUGGACAGGACCUGCUUCAGAUGGAAGUGGAACAUUUACAGGAGCGAGUGUUAGUGAAGACGCGUCUCUAGGACAUGUUAUUACAACGUUUGCUGCAUCUGAUGAUGACUUUGGAGAGGAUGGAAGAGUGACCUUCAGUAUCGUGUCAAUCACGGGAGCUUCUGGGGCGACAGCUCCAGGUACAUUUUCCAUAGACGCAUCAGCAGGUGACCUGAUGGUUGCAAGCGAGCUGGACACAGACUCGGGGACAAACGGUGAGGCGAGUUACGCCAUUGUAGUGAAGGCAUCCGACAACGGCGCCACGCCACGCUUUGUAGAAGGAACCAUCACCGUCUCCCUUGACAACGUCAACGACAACGCUCCAGUGUUUGAUAAGACAGAGUACCAGGCAGACCUCAGUGAAGACGCUGUUGCAGACACAGCUGUCAUAACGCUCAAUUCUGAUGAUUAUGACGGGGAUGCCGUAACACUGUCAAUCAUCAGCGGACGGGAUGAUCUAUUUCUCUGCGACGGAAGUGACGUCAAGGUCAAGGCUGCUUUAAAUUACGAGGAUGCCAAUCACCAUGUUCUCGUGAUCAAAGCCAGCGACGGAACAUUUGACGCCGAGGUCUCACUUUUAAUCAAUAUUGUUGACGUCAUCGAUGAAACUCCAGUCAUUACCAUGGUGACCACAGGAACAAUGGCGGAGGGCCAAACUAUUGGCACCGGAGUUAUAGGAGGUUUCAAGGUCACGGAUGCUGACGAGAAGGAUGUCCUCACAUUUGGCUUAUCAGGAGCUGACAGUGGCUACCUGACCAUAGAUCCCGCUACUGGAGAUCUGUCCGUGGCACAGGACAUUGACAGAGAGGCUGGUAUUGUAGAGCUGUCCCUCACACUGACCGUCACUGACCAAGCUGGACUUCAGGCCACCGAGGACUUCACCAUCACAGUCGAAGACGUCAACGACUCCCCACCCAUCUGCGUACCUGCUGUCUUCAGCGCUGAAGUAACUGAAAAUUCCAUUGAAGACCUCGGCCUUGUCACACUCACCUGCACCGACUCCGACGAAGGCAAUAAUGCUUUGUUCAGUGUCAGCAUUGGGAGUGGUGACGACACCGCUAGUCCUAAAUUCAAAAUGUCAGGUUUGGAGCUUUUAACAAGUUCGAACCCACUUAACUACGAGUUGUUAAAGGACGAAGGUUACAUGUACACCCUGGUCAUCACAGCAGUGGACACACCAGACCAGGGGGAGGCCAACACGGGUACAGCGAUAGUGAAGGUGACGGUCAAACCAGAGAACGAGUUCGACCCUGUGUGGAGUGACCCUGUACCCGACGUCAAUGGUUACCUCAAUGACGUCACAGUUGACGAAGACGCUGCUCCGGGGACGGCAAUAACGACAGUGACGGCGACUGAUGACGACCAGGCCGACGACGGAAAGAUCACAUAUGAAAUCACAUCAAUUACAUUAGACGACGGCUCGGAUGCAGCAGGAACGUUCACCAUCGGUGCCAAGACAGGGGAUCUUAUUGUUAAGUCCGAGCUGGACGCAGAGGGUAGUAUCAGCUUCUACGACAUCGCCCUCCGAGCUGUCGACGGCGGAAGCACGCCACUGGAAGCCACCGCUUCCAUCAAGGUGUUCGUCAACAACACCAACGACCUCCCGCCAGAGUUUGCCGAGGCAAAAUACCAAACAGAGGUUUUAGAGAACGUCACUGUUGGGUCCGCCAUCUUUACGCUGGAGGCGACUGACCUUGACGGAGACGUCAUAACAUACAGCGUUGACGCUGAAAGCAGUGGCGUUUUCGAAUGUGAUGGAGAUGAAAUAAAGUUGCUGAAGAAACUGGAUUUUGAAAUCAACAGAUACCAUUCUGUUAUUGUAAGUGCAUCGGAUGGCAAGCACACCGUCUACGUCUCCUUCAUCGUCAACGUCGUUGACGUCAUCGAUGAGCCGCCGUCCAUCACUGUAGCGGACUACUCCAUUGCGGAGGAACAGGUGACGGGUACCGUAAUUGGUAACGUCUUCAGUGUAACUGACCUCGACGUUGGAGACGUGUUCCUUUAUGAACUCUCUGGUGCAAACGCCGAUAUAUUUGCCAUCAAUGCGACAACGGGGAUGCUGUCAUUGGAGAACCGGGUAGACAGUGACACCGGAAUUCACACCCUGGAUCAACUGACCUUGACCGUCACAGACAGCGGGGCACAGGUGUCAAGCGUUGAGCUAAGUUUCAAUGUCCUUGACAUCAACGACAACCCUCCAAUAUUUAGCACGGCAUCGUAUACGCCAACUUUUCAAGAAGCUGGUGCAAACGCACUAUCCUUGAUGGAAUUCACGGUCACUGACGCUGAUAUCGGUGUGAACGCCGAGUACGACCUCACCGUCUCUGCCGGCGACGAUACCGACCCGAAAUUCAGCAUUACCGGUACAACCCUUUACGUCGAUUCAUCCAACGUCAACUACGAGGACAUGGUCGACAUCAACUUCAAGUACACACUGACUGUCACCGCCAUCGACAAGCCAACGGAGGGGCAACCAUUGACGGGGAUUACUAUAGUUACUGUCACAGUCACAUCGAAAAAUGAAUUUACCCCAGAAUGGGAGAGUCCGACUUUUGAGUCUGGAGAUGUCUUUCCUGCCAUUACCGUGCCGGAGACGUUGCCUGUAGGGAGCGGCAUCGCCAACUAUACCGCUACAGACGCCGAUGAAGGGCUUGCAGGUCGUUUGGAUUACCAGGUGCAGUCAAUCACUGGAAGUGAUGGCCGAGAGUUUUCUUCUGAAUUCACUAUGAUUACAUCCGAUGGUGUGGGUACGCUGGUAGUGUCGUCAACGUUGGAUGCAGACAAAUUGUCUGGGGGAGUUGACCACUACAUCGUCGUCAUCGGAGCUUCAGAUCUCGGUGAUGACAUCAGAACCAUCACAGGAACGGUCACCGUAUCCCUCACUAACGAAGAUGAUCCCGAAGAUACUGGUGUUACAGCUACUGCGACGGAAGACAAUCGCACAGAGAAAUGGGCACUGCGAGGAGCGCUGAUGGUCGCUAGUGCAGCAUUGAUGUCACUGGGUGUGUUGUUUGCAAUGAAGAUAAUCAAGAAACCUCCAAAGACAUCGAGAGAUUUCUUUGACGAUUUUGGCACACUAUUGGACUCCCCUAACUACAACCCCGGGACGUCUCCCUGA